AUGAAAGACAAAGACUGCCUUUCUCCGGCAGUAUAGUCAGUAGUUGUAUGCGUGGCGUGUCCUCUCCGAAGGAAAACUUUGAUCAAGAUGGUAGUGGAGAAUGGGACAACAUCAACUACGGGAGGUGGAUCAUCCGCCUCAUCCUCUUCGGAGUGGAGAGGCACAGCAUCAGCAUCAGCAACGUCUUUUAAGGCUCAACUUUCAAUGGUCACCAUUGAGAUUGGAGUCACUGAGAUCGAAGAGGCGACCCCUUCUCGAGAGAACCAACAGGGGAAAUAAACGAAGGGAACAAAGGGGAGAGCUUUGAAGGGGGUCUCUUCCAUUCAGAGUCAUGAUGACCACUGAGUGCUGAGCUUUAAGCCUUUCGCUUCUCCGACGUCGAGGAGUGGUAGCAACAGACUUCCUGUGUCGAUGUCAACUCGUGCCCCAGCUGCCCUGAAGAAUAGCAUUACCGCACAGCUGAUACAAGAGCAACAUUUCGGCACUUCUACGAUAUCUGCCGCUAGCAGUGGAUCGAAGAGCAAGAUCAGUGCAGCGUCCUCUAAGGAUUCAGAUUAUGAACAAGAAUGUUGUCCCUACUACAUGUUGUGAGUGAGUGAAUGGCGUGCAGUUGAGUCAGUGUCUGAGGACAGAAGUGGAUGCUUGACCUACAUAAUAUUCUGCUUGUGCUGAGAAUAGCAGUACGUCCAGGCUUCUAUGAUCAACACACAUAGUUAGAAAUAUAUUGUGCGUCUUGCAAUUUCAGAGUCGUUGUCGUCCAAGUACAUUUAGAAACACGCCUGCUACUAGCUGACCACCCACUUUUUACCCACUUACUUUCAUCUUUUCCCCCGUCAGCUACAACCCCGCGGCCAGCACGAUAUGAACAGUAGCUGGAACGAUUUCCUGUACGAGAGGACUCUGGUGUGUCUCAACCUUGAGAUCUCCUGCGUUGCUUUGGCACCGUGUGGGACGUUUUUUGUGGUAGGAAAUGGCAGUGGAGACGUCAAGGUCUACGACAUGGAGGCCUACGCUGAAACACAUACGCUGAAAUUAUGGAAGGGUGAUUUAGUAUGUUCUUUGUUCAGCACGAAGAGAGUGAGACGAGACUCAAGUGUUGCGUUGCAAGAUUAUAUAGAUAGUGUGUAGUAGCAUGAGUUCUUUACCUCUGUGUAAGUAAGUUUUGCUUCAAAAACGGCCAUCCAGGGUUGGGCGUGAAGUACAUGACCAUGACCAUGUAGUUAGGUCUGUGAAUAUGACCGCAAUCAGAUAAUACAAGACGAUACUGUGUGUUUUCCAUUUCUAAUCCCAACUAGUGCCAGUUCCUGUGCGCCGAAGAGCAUUCUUUGCACCAGCAAGGAGGUUGGAAACCGUAGCGUGACCGAGCAUCUGAUCGUUUUGAUUAAGGCUUGUUGAAUGGUAUCAGAUGGGUCGGAAAGAUGAUAUGCAUGCUUGCUACCUACAAUUAUUGACACUAAAAAUAUCCAACUUCGUGACAAAAGACGUCUUUUUCAAGUUCAGAAGAGAACAAACGGGUACUGUACUUGUACUCCUUCUCCUACCUCGUCUUGUUGCAACCGAGGAUAUAUAAGGUACAACUAACAUGAUCUUCUUACCGCAAGAUGAGUCCCCUUGAUUUCUUGCAACCAGAAAAAGAACCCCAACUAAAAACAGUAACAUCGAAACUCUUGCGCUUCUAAUCUCCGUGGUGACGGUAUUCGCGUGUUUUCAGUCCAGAACGAUUUUGCUUUCGUGCACUGCAUACAGCCACCGUUUUCGAAGAUGUUGGAUACCCAAAACGUCCAUGAAAAAAGUGCGAAUAGUCGACCCGGAAGCAAGGAGAGAGUGGAAGGUAUUCCUCUAUCGCAGUGAAUUGCUUGGGAAUUGUAUAAUGCAAUCAGUUUCUUUCUUUUAAGUAAAAUAAGUAAGUAGUUUCUUGAAUUCUAAGGCCAAUGAGAUUGUAUCUUUCCGCCGGUAGUCUAGGAGUACUACUUGGGAUGCCAAUCAAUCAGUCGCUGUUCACCAAGAUUGACUGCCGUGCAGCGACUGUGAUAUACAACGAGCUCCACACCACAGAACAAGAACGCUCCACAUGGCAAUGCGUAGCCUUCCAUCCGCGCAGUGCGACUUCAGUGAGAACACAACGCAAGGACAACACUAUUGUUGCGUGUGCUGACAUGGCGUUGGUAGUGUAUUCUACCAUAGAUUGGGGUGGCGCGACGAGUACACCAAGAAUACUUCGUUCGGUGCUCAGCUGGGGACCGCCGACGAUUAUGAUGAGUUUUUGUUUGCUUGAAGAAAGAACUUGCUUCGUUGGUAAUGAGAGUCGUCCUCGUAGGCGCACCCAGUAUGUAAUUUGGAUGAUCUUAUAAAUAAGGGGGUAAAUAAUUGAUUGAAAGGGUGGCAGCAUAUAGUCCUAACUCAAAAAAAAAAAAUCUACGGUGAUCAUGAAGGAUCAUAACAGAGACGCUCACAUGACAAGGUAACCCCCUGAAACUUGUGUAUUGAAGCAACUUUCUUCGCAAGUUAGUAGUAAUAGCAACAAUAGAAGUGCUCCGCUAAUGUGGGUUGUGUCUUCACCCCAGCUGGUACUAGACUCAUCGUCGGCCACGCUUCUGGCAGUAUCACUGUGUGGAAUAGUCACACGUUUGCCAUGGAAAAGACGCUCAGUGGACACCAAGGUGCUGUGACGAGUUUUGACUUUUAUAGAGAUGAAAUCAUGGAGGAGAUCGAUUUGGUGGCAACAAGGAGCGAAAGCGAAACUGAACCGAUGGCGACGGGGAGUGAGACGAUAUGGCAUAGUUCUAUUCUUUGUGACCUCUGUCUGACUUAGAGAAAAGUGACAAGAACACAUAAAGAUCAUUAAUGAAGGUGACUAACAAGAGCUGGAACAAGAAGUAAAAGACAUUUUUUUUGAUGCUGAAGAUUUCUCAGAUAGAUGUUGACGCAGGCUUCCUUGUUAAAGAUUCUCACGCCACACCCUUUUCUUGUAGACUGAUGAAAUCUAGACUAUAGGUAGUUGCGCUAGUCUUCCUCUAAGCACCGAAACGGAUUGUUCGGUCAGUAGUCGAAGUCCGAACAAAAACGGGAGGCGAACUACUCGAGCAGCCUUGGCAAACAACUCACAGACCGACUUGCUAGGAGAUAAUACGAUAAGGUCACGCACGGACGAGGCUGGAAAGAAGAAGAAGAAUACAGCACUAGUGCGCAAAAAGAGGACACUACUUGUUAGUUACGGCAUUAGUAUGUCACUAUCUAGUUCUAGUUGUUUGAGGUAUUCUGAGUGGUGGCCGCCUUGAUCCAGAGUGGAAACGACCAUCAAAGGGAAAGGACGCAAAUAAGAAUCACUUAAGUGCUCAACCACAACGACGAAGGAAUAGUGAUAAUUCAUUGACUAGCUCUAAGCAGCUUGUAGUCGUGACAAGAGCAUGCGUCUGUGGAGCAAUUUGCAGGAUGAAGACGCAGCAGGGUGGCAACUGCUCACUACAGUCCCUCUAGAACCUGGCGUCCACAGCCCAAAGAUAUUCCAAGAUACCGCGUCUUCAAACUUCAGUGCGCUAAAUACUGGACCUGCAUCAACAAAUUUUCAUGCGGGAUCGUAUUAUGCGAAUACAGCGCCGAACGGUAAAAAUGGAGCAGGAGUUAUGCAAGCAGGAGCAGGUGUAGGAAAUGCAUCUUCAAAUAUUAUUUAUGGCUAUGUUGGCACCUAGACGAAGAUGAAUUCGCCUGAGAUGCAUUUUCUACGCCUCUAAAGGAAGUGCAACUAGCACAGCUUCGACAGGACUGAGCACUUCUGGAGGACAAUUUUUCACUAGUAGUUGGUGCCUCUGUGUCGCACCACGAUUACUCGUCUGGCGCUUGAAGACUGUGAUAUCGACAACAGCUUCGAGGGGAACGAUUUUAUGAAAAAUGGCAAAUAAGUAUCAAGAUCAAGAUCUCAAAUCUAUUUCAAAAAGUCUAAUCCCUUCCGGCGACAACUACAGUAUCGUUUUCGAGCCGUUCCAGCGCCUCAAAAGUACUGGUAUGGACACUCCACAGGUUGCGGCCUUCUCUCCAGAUGGCAAUCGAGUCAUUGUUGGGUCCAACGAUGGCGUUUUAGGCGUUUUUAUCCGGAAAAAACAGCUCUUCGCAGAACACACUAGGGAUUACGAUCACGAAUCGCUAGCCUUCGAGCAGAAAAAGAAGAUUCGCGAGGUUGUGAAGUGCAUUUUGGAGCGCGAUUUGCGUGCGAAUGCAGCUUUGGUUAUGGCUUUACGGUAAAGACAUGCUCAUCCACAAGAACAGACUCCACCGUGGUCUGUUUUCUAAAAACGAAAGACAGUUCAUUCUAGUUCCUAGUAGAAGGAUGUUUAGAAGGACGGAAGGACCGGGGAGGACUUCUGAUCAUGUAGCUCUAAUUUGUCAGCGUCAGCAGAGUUGACGAAAUCGAGAGGACUGAAUGGGAUCGAACUCCUGCAAAAACAGUUUCAGAAUUCGCAUUUGAGUGGUCGAGCUUUGAAGGAAAUGAGUCUGUUGCAGCAGCAACAGUUGAAUCCGUACCUGAAUUCCUCCAGUGGAGCAGCUGCAGAACUUGCGACGAGAUUGAGCAAAUUUAAGGCCGCCCUUGAUGAAGAUUUAUCUUGUUUUGUGAGGUGCAUAGAUAAGGGUUUCUGUUUCUUAGUUGUAGAAAAUGGUAAAUUUCCAGUGCCUUUUGUAGUAAGUCUAAGUUAAAGUUCUAACAAAUUACUGCCAGCACCGGAAAUGAAGUUUCUGGACCACGCUCAUGCGCGCAUUGUCACAGCGAGUAGUUGCCUUCAGUUACUCGAGCAGAUUCACAAGGCAGUUUUGCGGAAAGAAGAAGGCGACCGACAGAAAGCUUUCGAGGAAGAGACCGAAAGGGAAGAAAAGAAGAAGCAAAGUCUCGUGGGAGAGCAAUUGAUGGCACUGCCGAAAGAUGGAAAUGGGUCGUCGUACUACUACAUGAGCGGAGGAUCAUCUUAAGGCACCUCGUGGUAAUUCUUCUGUGUCAUUCAGUUUCCCAGGAUUCUGAGGUCUAUCGACAGCUCCUCUAAUCAUUAGCAUCAGGCGGCCAGGUGGUGAUGUGUACACAGAGUGGCAGUCCUAGGAGUCUGUUUCGCGGUAUCGCCAUUCAACCCGAAGGCGAAACGUUGCCGGAGUUCAUUUUCGAACAUGAAUUCACUACGAAAUGCAAAUUCGCAGCAGAAAGGAUAGAAACUCUAGGCUUGCCGUUUCUAAAACAACUGUGGAAAGAGAAGGGAUGGACAUUUCCGGAAUCUUCAGCUAUGAUUAAGGCUUAGUUCUUACCGUAAUUAUUCAUCUUCAGAAGCUCAAUCUUGAAGCUGUCGCUGUCAUCGCAUAUAAGUACAUGGGAAGAGAAAAAGGCAUCAAGAUGCAUCUCAAAAUGAAUAUGGAAGGUGAGCUGCUCUAAUCUGAAUGGGGGAAUUGCAACUAGUAAUGGAGGAGCAACAUCAUCAUCAUCAUCAUCAUCAUCAUCUACUUCUUCUGUGUCGGGAGAUAGAGAAGAUGCGACAAACUUAGUCAACGUCACGGAGCAAAGCAUUCUCUCUUUGCGUAGACGCGGUGCUGAGUCUCCGUCGCUGUUUAAACUCCUUGCAGCUACAGGCGACGGGCUCAAGGGCGUUCCAGAGGAAGUGCGCGCAAAAAUCACGGGAAUAGAAUAUGGGGAACUUUUCAAAGACUUCUUCCUGAAGGCUUUGUUGUUGCACGAGUUCGGCCAUUUAGAGGAGGAGGAGGAUGACGAAUUAGACGCCGGAAGUAGUACGGUGUUAAAGAAUUAAGGCUUCCCCUAAUCCCUUCGUAGAAGCAUUUUUGGGGUUCGUUUUCCCAUACUUACGAGGAAGGCAACUCCACCAAGAUGCAUCUCAAGAUGGAUUUUGAUGGUGAGCUCUAAAACAGCGCAGCUCUUGGAGGUGGAUCUAGGAAGAACACUAGGGCGGUUACCAGUGCUAUGGGUGCACAAGGACAACUGUUAGGAGACAACAACUACGACCGCAGUGUCAUGUGGGGUUCAGGCUCGUCAACACCUAGUUCUAAAGAACAAAUGGCAUCAGCAGGAGGCCUUCAAUUAUGGUCAUCAGCCUUUAACUUUGUCCAUCUUUGCUCUCGGCAUCUUGGUCCCCUCCUUGUUUUGUCCUGUACUAUUCCUAUGAACUACUAGACUUCAGCGCCCGGUAGCUCUCCCUCCACGAGAAUCCUCCACCUCCUUCGCGCAUUUCCUUCGCCAGGACGCGCCUCCCCCGCUCCUCUUCCGCCAGCUCGCGGCGCUUUCCUGGCGAAGAGGUCCGCGCCAGAGGAGUCGGAGCAUAGGCGCCGCGGAAUUUCACAGAGGAGGCCGCUCCUGUCUCUGAGGUUUUUGAGAUGUCUCAAGGUUUGCCCGCUUUUGAAUUUAGUGCAGGGCUUUGGCUUGGGAGUCUUGAGUGCGAAGCUUCGCGCGUAAGUCUUUGAGGUGGAGACUUGGGGCGAGAUUGAUUGAAGCUUUUGGCUUGCAGCUUGAAGCUCGCGGCCGCUUUCAGUGUGAAGCUUUGAGCUUCAGCGAAGCCUGAGGCGUAGAGCUUCGAGCUUGGACUUGCAGGCUGAAGCUUUGGACUCGAGCGGAGUGCUGGGUUUGAAGGUUUGGCCUGAGGUCUUGGGUCUGAAGUUUUGGACUUAUGAUCUUGGAUCUGAGGCAGGCUUUGGGUAGGAAGUGUUGGGCUUCAGGCGUUUGGCUUGAAGUCUUGGCUUUGAAGUUUUGGGCUUGAAGCCUUGGACUCGAAGUUUUGGGCUUGAAGUUUGGGGCCCGAGGCCUUGGGCUUGAGGCUUUGGGCUCGAGUUUUUAGAUUUGAGUUCUUGAAUUUGAAAAGCUUGGAACUGAAUUGCGGCUGACAAGGUCAAAACUUUGCGGCUUUUGCGCAAAAUAGCAAAGCUCUUGGGCUUUGUCGCUUAGAAUCUAAAUUGAUGAGUGCGUGGCUCUAGUGUAUUUGGUUCGAGUGUAUUUGGUUCAGGUGUAUUUGGUUCAAGUGUAUUUGGUUCAAGUGUUUUUGGUCUGAGUGUUUUUGGUUCAGGUGCUUUGGGUUCCUUCAAGUGCUUUCGGUUCAGGUGUUUUCUGUUCGGAGCUUGGAGGGGUGUUGUUGAUUUUUUAUUAUGCGCCUACAGGCUAUCGAUUUUAGCAAGUUUUUCUGACGUUCAAUCUCUUGGAUUCGAAUGCCCCAAAUCCAAAAAUUUUCGACUUGAGCUAAUUUUUCUGAAAUUCAACGUCUUGGAUUUGAAUUACUCAAGUCCAAAGGCUUUCUUCGGCUUUAGCAAGUUUCUCAGGCAACCAGCCUUUCAAUUUCUUGGAUAUGAAUUUCUCAAGUCGAUUUUAACAGGUAUAGCUGAGAUUCAACUUCUUGGAUUUGAAAAAUUUCGACUUUGACAAAUUUUGCUGACAUUCCAUUUCUUGGAUUUGAUUCGCAAGCCCUCGCAAGUUCCCAAGUUUCAUAAGUUUCGUAAGUUCUUAGGUUCGUAAGUUCCUAGGUUCGUGAGUUCGUAGGUUCGUGAGUUCAUGGGUUUGAAUUUGGAGAGUGCAAGUUUGGCGGGGUUGUUGUUAAAUUUUUUUUAGCUCUUUAACAUUACAAGGGAGGUAACAAAGGAGUCCAGGAGAUGAGGCCACCGAGUUGGAUAAAAGAAGAUGCCUCUAAUUUAAAGCGCAAGUGGUUCGCAGAGCACAACGCCUGUGGUUCGCAGAAGUAAGAACUACUACACUCCGAAGUACAACGAAAAAAUGCGCUCUGUAGGUUCAGAAGUCGAUGGAUCCGCCGACGCUUUUGCCUCUAGCAUGAAAGUGAACACACAAUCCAGUACACAGUUACUCAAUAGUUCUACUAGUAGUGGCUCUAGUACUUUGGUGGAUCAUAUUUCGUCAUCAGCAGCGACUUCUUUCCACACAAACAACACCAAUGCAGGAAGAGUAGGUGUACAAUCAGUACAACAGCCACAGCGUUCUAUUGGAGGAGCUCCACAGUUGCAUAUAGGAGGAAGCCUGCAGUCUAUGGUGGACUCAUCUUCACCUAGUAAACUACAACAAGGAACUCCGCCACCAGUUAUGGUCAGCUUUUUCUAGACAUGAUUUUUCUCUCUCUCAGCAUCUCGAGAGUAGAAGGAAAAACAAAGGGGUCGAAAUGAAAGGACAUCAGAGAGAGAGACGAAUAAAAGCGGAAACUUGUUGGAGUCUGCGCAGUCAGAUCUUUUGCGAGUAAGAAUGAAUGAGUGAAUGAAUGAAUGAGUGAGUGAAUGAGUGAAUGAGUCAUCUCUAAGCCAGGAGUUAUUAGUUAUGACGUAGACGAUCCAUUUGCGCGUUUGUUGCGACGUGGCCGCGGUCAAUCUUCAGCAGCAGUGAUUGGCGGAGCCUCGACUCCCUCGUGUACUCCUUCACGCGGAAUAAACCAAAGCUUCAACUUCUCUGAGGGGAGUCAUGUUGUGAUCAAAACAAGGCCUGGAUCACGUGGACAACCUGGAUCAAGGGGUACUACUACGCAUCCCUCGUUUGCUGGUCUUCAUGGGGGUGCGUUGUCAGGACUCUCUACUUCGUCGACUGAUUCAUCUUCCAGUGCCCUCGUGAAUAGAACUCAAAGUAGUCAAGCCAGCAGCAAUAAUUUGGUUCAGCAGGAGGCGUCUGCAGUUUCCGGAGGUAGCGCUGGCGCAGGGAGUGAUCAAGCAGUUGUAGGGAACAGUAUAUUAAUCUCAUCUGGACGAGAGACACCUGCAUCUUCUUCCACACAACAGCAAGCAGCACAAGCACCAUCACAGGCAGAUCCUUACGCCUCUCCGGUCCGAAAGGCUCCAACAGCUGUUUCCUCCUCUCAAAAAGCAAACCCGAUACUAUCGGACUCUUUGUCGAAGAUGAUGGAUGACCAUUUACAACAAAAUUAAGGCAACUACUUAAUCAGAACAUUCUCAUUCUCUUUCUCAGCAUCUUUUCUUGACGAGGUAUCUUCCUUAUGGGAAAAGUAAACGUCCUCAGGGAAGAUGCAGUCAGGGAUGCAAAUUGUGCGGUAGCAGUCUAAGAAAACCAUAACCAACAGGCGAACACUAGUGGCAAUGCCAGGACAACGCCUCUGAGCAAAACACCAAAAGCAUUUUUCAGCGGUAGUCCAUCGAAAAGAGGAACUAUGUCGUAUAUCGGUAAUCAAGUCGUUGGAGGAGGUGCAACUCCUGUUGCGCCUAGCGAAAAGAAUAGCUCCACAGCAGGGGCUUCCAACAUAGUGGAGGUUCCCGAGACGCGGUCUGUCACGCUAUCGCAAGCUAUCAGUCUGCGUCGAGGUUCCUCUGUGCCGAAUCUAGCCGCACAAGCGUUCGUUACACCUGAGAAACAAGGUGGUCGUGGAAUGAUGCUGAGUACUAUGGGCGGUUCGUCGCAGACUCCUUCAGCAGCUGGAGGUGUACGAGGUGGCGCAACGCCGGCAAGUACGAGGAGACAUCCUGGGUUUGCUUCAGGUGUGAGAACUGGCGCAACACCGUCAGCGCGCACAACGACAACCGCUGGGCAUUUAACGGCGACUGCGGGCAAGACGAAACUAGUGCUGGCGGAUCUGUGAGGUUUAGUAUUACAUUUGCUAAUAGAGACGAAGAAAAGUAAGAUUUUUUGUCAUAAUGUAGAUGUACGGAUAGGAAAGUCAGCUUCGUAUCCUAUGAAUGAACAAAAUACAUACUUAUGCGAUACUUCGAACACUAAAAGUGAAGAAAUAACAUUCACGUCGAACCUAUUCUUAAGAGUCCUAUCGAAGCAACAUGAUUUCGAUUUGUAAAACACUAGAAGAAAAUGAAAACUAGAAUGUCCUCCUAUAGUGUGAUUUCUAAAAAAAUCGCUACUCUUGCAUGGAAUCACUGUACUAGCAAAUCAAGCUCUACUACCAUUGAUUGGUUGGGAAUCGAAAUGUAGCCAUAGAUACUUAUGCUUGUCGUCAGUCUUGUAGCCGUAUCUUCCACCAAUUGAACUUGAUCAUGCACGCAUGCCUUUCAUCUGGUCAAGCACAAAGCCCCUAAUUAUACUUAUACAAUUUUUGAAGGCUUUUUUGUAAAUAUGUUGCCAGUGGUGCGGCACAAUGCACAGAUAUGUUGUAGAUGAAACGAGGAGAAAUCGUACUUCAGUCGGCCUGUUUGCUACACAACAUGAGCACAAAACAAAGAAAACAAGAAAAGCCGAAGGAUUUGAAUGAGUCGAAGGAUUUGAAAGGAGUAACAGACCAGACGCGUCAGAUGUAGCGGAG